AUGAUUAAUUCAGAAUUAACUAAAUUAUUUAUAUUUAUAGCUUUACCUUUCCUUAUUGACAAAGGUCGAGAAUAUAUGAGGACGAAUGGGCUGAAUCACAACAAUACAAACCGGCAAAAAACAAUAUUUGAUCUUUCAAUUAUAUAUCUUUUGGUUUCUACGAUUUUGAUUCAAGUUUAUUAUACUUUUUUGUCACCACCUCCUAAUAUUUUUAUAGCGGGUAAUAUCUCACCCAGCGCUUCACUCAGCAUUAUACGUACGUUUCUUUUGACAAAAAAUUCACAACUAACGCCCAUAGACAAUCUCCUGUUGGAAAAACUAUCAUCCCUUGAAAAUCGGUUGAUUUAUGCAGCUUACGGACAAGAAGCUUUACUUGAAUGUAAUUAUUGUAAAAACAUUACCGAUUAUUCCAUGUUUAUUGUUCCUAACGUGGUUUGGUCUUAUGUUAUGAUGCUGACGGUACUUGGAAUUUCUACUAUUACUAAACGUAAAUCACAUUGGAGGAUUUACGGAGUAAUAUUUCUUAUUGGAUGUGGAUUUAUUGAACUUUACACUUUAUUAACAACGGACAUUAGAAAAAACGCAGCACAAGGUGUUAUAGAAUUUUUAUAUAACAACACAGACUAUUAUAGAAGAAUGGCAUUCAUAGUAUUAUCUCUUGCAGUACUUUUUUUUAACAAAGCGGAUGAAAGAUCAGAUAUGGAGAUGAUACAAGAAAUUAAAAAAAACCAGGAAGUAAUAAUACAUUGUAUUAAAGCAACGGAACUUCAACGUACAGCCGUGUUAAGAGAUAAUAAUUUGAGGAGGAUUUUUGAAGAAUUUUACAAAAGAAUAGAGACAGCAGAGAAGGAUGUUGUGAUGGAUCAGGGAUACAAGGCAGCAAGGAAUAGAACUUUGAGUAAGAUGAAUAUGGCGAGGUUGUUAAAAGAAGCAGAGAUUUACGUUAGUAGCAUUACCAAGAUGAAAGAAACGGAUGCUGAUAAUGAAUUGGUUGCCGGGAUACAAAGCUCUGCUACUGCUGGAAACAGCUUAUAG